AUGAUAUCGCGAAUCGCGAGCCGCAGGCUGUGUGCCGCGGCAUCUCGGCGGGCCGGCAGCAGCAGCAGCAGCAGAAGCGGUGAGAGUGUUGGUCAGAAUGCCAGAGCGGCGCAGAGACGGUGGAUGACGCCUGCGCCGAAGCCCGGCGACGGGCCCAUGAUGUCGAGACGAGCCGAUCGCGAGCUUCCCGACGUCGGCCAAGUCUCGCAAGGCUGGCGCCGCACCAUGCCCAUCUUCCUCGCCGUCGUGGCCGUGUGCUCCGUCACAAUCUUCAACUACCAAAAGUCCUCGUCGCCCAUCAUCUCGUCGACGCUCUACGCGCUGCGCACCUCCCCCGAGGCCAACCGCCUGCUCGGCGACGAGAUCUACUUCAAGCACCAGAUCCCCUGGAUCAGCGGCGAGAUGAACCAGGUCAAGGGCCGCAUCGACAUCAGCUUCUCCGUGCGCGGGUCGCGGGGCGCGGGCGUCAUGCGCUUCGCCAGUCAUCGGCCCUCGAGCAAGGCGCUCUUCGAGACGACUGAGUGGAGUUUGACGCUGGAGGACGGGACAAGGGUGGAUUUGCUGGAUGGCAAUGAUCCGUUUAGGGGAUUGUUGGGCGGUGAUGAUGAUGAGGAUGAUUUGCCGUUGGUGGAUGAUGAGUCGACAAAGGGAUUUAGACAGCAGGGUGCGUUCAACAGGUGA